AUGAAUUCCGGCGAGAUUUUCGAGGAAAUUUUCAAUCACUUCAAACGCGAUGGAAUCGACCGAGAUUGGCGCGGAAUGUGCCAACAUUUCAAAGAUCAGGAGGAAAAAUCGAAAAUUCGACGAAUCGUGACUCGAGUCGUUUGUGGAAGAGUGAAUAUGUUCGAAGCGGGCAAAGAGGUUGGAUUUGAAGUAGAAGCUCUUAAUGCAUCACUUUUUCCGGAUUUUCGUCAAUUUUUGCUCAAAUUCGAGUCCACGUUUCAAAAAGUGCCGCCCCUUCAUCGAACCACGCUCAACACCCAACUCCUACUGAAAUUCAUCGAUUUCCUGGCUGAAAAUCCGGAAAAUCAGUUGGACUACGCGGGUUUUCUGGAUAUUUCUAGAUAUAUGACCACAGCGACGAAUGUUCUGAUCAAGGAUUUGGUCGAAAUGGCUGUACAAUUGUAUCCGGAUGACAAGAAACCGCGAAAAAUUGGCGCACAGGACCUUCUGGACGGUGUGGAGAUGUCCGGACAGGCGAAUGAUCCGAUUUAUACUGAAGAACCGUUUUUGAAGCUAAAAAAGAAGUCAAAAUCCGCCCCCGAAAGCUUCGAAUUCGAGUCUAAACAAAUUUCUAGCGUUUCUGACCGAUUUUGGAGCUAUAAAGUUGAUUUUAAGCAUAACUUUGACCGGCUCAUCGAAAUCUCGAAAGUCUCCGAACCACCACAGGAUCGUAGAAUUCUCUCGGAAGCGGCCGCCGAAAAUUCGCAAAAAACCGACUAA